AUGGCCAAGGCUAUACUCAAGGGCCCCCUGGUCCUCUGGCACUGCAGCUUUGCCAGCAGAGAGAAAAACCUCCCUGAGCUGCUCAAGGAGAACAAGUAUUUCCCGUUCCAAGUGCAGCAGCCCAAAGGUGAGGAGCGAAGCCUUAGGAAGGCUUCUUGGGUCUUCUUGAUUGUGCUGAGGACGGUUGGAGGACUGCCUGAGACGGGUCACCGUUAUACUUGAAGUCUGCUCUAGCAACCAUUGUACAUAUCGUAGGGAACCAUCAAACGGUACCUCCCCCCACCCCAGCCCCCCCAGUGUUGGAAACUGCAGUCAAACAUAACUGUGCAUGAGGGCUACUUCAUGCAUGAAGGAGUUAAGACAACAGAGCCAUGUUCCUAGACUGAGCUAGGUCAUGCCUCCCCUGUGAGGGAGGAAGUGAAAGUGCUUCUCUUCCUUUCUCACACUCUCUUCCAGCCAUCAAAACAAAAUAGAAAAAUUUCUUCCAGUAGCACCUUAGAGACCAACUAAGUUUGGUAUUGGUAUGAGCUUUUGUGUGCAUGCAUACUUCUUCAGAUUCGUGCAUGCACACGAAAGCUCAUACCAAUACCAAACUUAGUUGGUCUCUAAGGUGCUACUGGAAGGAAUUUUUUUAUUUUGUUUCGACUACGGCAGACCAACACGGCUACCUACCUCUUCCAGCCAUGUAACCAACCAGUAUGGACAUGUCUGAACUUGCAGCAAGUUCAGAUUGCAUGUUUGAAACUAUAUUGUGCAUUUUGCACCCAAGAGUAAUCUGCCUGUGCUAUCCUUGCUGCUGCAUGGAUCAGUGCAUGAAUCAGACCUUUGGAUUUAGUAAGGAAAGCCUUUAAAUGUACUUAACAGUGUGUAUCAUUGCUACAGGGGUAGAGAGAGGGGACGUGUUUUAAGGCAGACUAAACAGGAUACGUAGAAGGGUCUAAUAACCCAUAUUCCACACUAUGCUGCUGGUUAACUUAAGAGUGUUUUUAACCCUACUGGGGGCUGUCUCCUCCUUGGGAGUGUGCUAAGCCCCACAUUUUGAAUCCUGGCACCCAGCCGAUUCUUUUGUUAAUUUACCCACGCAUGGGUCAGAUCUAUUUUCAUCCCACAAACCCAGCCCUAUUCCUGUCUCUGACACGGGAGAAGACAGGAGAGGGAGCUAUUCUCAUACAAGAUGCAUGUCUGGGGUUGGGCAGGGAAGCUGAGCGGCUUAAACUCCCGUGUUUCAGAAUAUCUUCAUGAUAGCAAGGGGGAGUCUGUGUCUUAGCUUGCUCACCCAAAGAAAAAGGUGUCUAAACAGUUCUCCACUGUUGCAUGUUUUGUGUCAUUGAAAUAUGAAACACAAUUUCAGUUACAUGCACAUCAGGAGCUCUAAUUUUUGUGUUUUCAGUGCUGGGUUCUGUGGCCUGGGCUGAGGGAGGGAGGUUGGGGACUUGGGAAGAAGGGUCAGCCCUAACCAUUUCAGCCUGGGCUGGGGUGGCCUGUAGCUCAGCUCCGCGGGGCUUAGUCCUGAAUCUUGCCCUUUCUGCCUCCCCCCCUACAGUAUUUGUGAUUGAAUAUUACAAGGACAUGAUCUGGAAAGGACUGGUGAUUUUCCUGCUUUCUUUGGGGCUCAGCAUACUUCACUUCAAAGCACCACGGGUAGGCACAUGAUUCUUGCCACUAUUGAGAACCAGGUACCAACGAGAUGUAGUUGUCUUGCCACAAUUCCCCCGCUGUGGGAACACAGAUUUCCCCUGAAAGUAUUGAGCUAGUCACUUGGCCCACACCCCAAAGGGUCUGUGCGACUGCACUAACUCACAUUCCUCCCUCGCUGCUCUCUUGACUUUGCCUUCUUUCUGUUGUCUCUCCUGACACCGCCCUGCAGUUGGGCACCAGCUAAUUCCUCCACAAACUACCAGGUACAGUGGUACCUUGGGUUACAGACGCUUCAGGUUACGCAUUUUCAGGUUAAGGAUGCGCUGAAACCCGGAAGUACUGGAAUGGGUUACUUCCAGGUUUCGGUGCUCGCGCAUGCGCAGAAGAGCUAAAUCGUGCUUUGCGCACGCACAGGGUUGCGAACGCUGCGGGUUGUGAACGUGCCUCCCGCGUGGAUCGUUCACAACCUGAGGUUCCACUGUGCAUUCAUGGAAUUGAAUAGCAAUAUAAAAGGGAGUUGUCCUGUAAGGCAGAUCAUCAUUGCUCCCAUUUUGCGUCUAGGGAACUGAUGCAAUCAAGUACACAGCCUCAACUGUGCUUCUUCUGUGAAGUUGAGGGUCUGCACGUGUGUUUGUGCAAAUUGGUAUUAGGAAGAGUUUGCUGGAUGAGGCCAAUGGCCCAUCUAGUCAGGCAUCCUGUUCUCCCUUCAAUGAGGCCAAACUUAGAUUCACAAAAUGUUUAGGGGUAUGCAUAUCCCUGUGUACCCCCAGAAAAAAGCACUGGCUAGGUAGGAGCCAUCAAGAACCCCUCUUCUCCAUUGAAAGCCACCCCAGUUUGUGGCCAUCCCUUCCUCCACAGUUUAACUCUGCCACUGCAUGAAGGACUUCUUUUUAUUCGCCCUGAAUCUUCAGACAUUCAGCUUCAUCGUAUGUCCACAAAUUCUAGUGUUUCUGUAUCAACUAUAUCCAUGUCCUGCUUAAUUUUAAACACCUCAGUCAUCAUGACCCCCCUCUGGCUCACCUGACCUGUAAGCUCACGAUAACAGACGGUGCAAAACAGCGGGACACUGGGUUGAAAUUUUCAACUUUCAAAUUCCAAAAAUUAGAUAUUUUGGUAAAAUUAAUAUAAUUUGAUUUUGCUUGGUAAGUAAACGGUGUGUAAAAUUGCAUAGAAAUAAUAAAAAAUGGUUGCCAAGUGCUUGCAUUUUAUUUAUUUAUUUAUUUAUUUAUUUAUUUAUUUAUUUAUAGCAUUACAUGACAUUUUCAGGAGGUAAAAUUAACAUUCAUUGGUUUUCGGAAAGCAGUUGAUGUGCUUUUUCAUCAGACGUAGACUUACCGAGCUAAAUGUUGUCCAGUCACAAAAAGGAAUAACAGAUUUCAAUUCCUAACACCCUAGAACAUAUUUUAAAGACCUGCCACUGAAUAAAUUUUGGAAAAAUUAGAUUUUACCCCCUAAAAUGACCCUCCCUACCCCCCUCUAUGCUUGCUGGCUUUUCACCUGCAUUUUUUGUGACUUUCUUGAGAGCUUGGGGUUUUUGUUGGACAGAGUGGGGUGCCCUGGCCUCCUCACCCUGCUGCUGAACUCACGCCUGCCGAACUUGCCAUGAAGCUUUUUCCGCUGGGACUUCCCCUGCCCCCCCCCCCCUGGAGCAGGCUCCUUUGCUAGCUGGCCCCACAUUUACCAUAUUUUUUGCUCUAUAAGAUUCACUUUUCCCCUCCUAAAAAGUAAGGGGAAAUGUGUGUGCGUCUUAUGGAGCGAAUGCAGGCUGCGCAGCUAUCCCAGAAGCCAGAACAGCAAGAGGGAUUGCAGCAAUCCCUCUUGCUGUUCUGGCUUCUGAGAUUCAGAAUAUUUUUUUCUUGUUUUCCUCUUCCAAAAACUAGGUGCAUCUUGUGGUCUGGUGCAUCUUAUAGGGCGAAAAAUACGUAUAUGCCUAGCAGUGAAUGGAGCCGGUUGUCUCGGGGGUUCAGUUAUGGUCAUCAAAGCUGCAGAGAAGUUGGCCUGAGCGUCAGCGGUAGAAAAACAGGCCACACCCAACCGAAUGCCACUUGGAGCCCAUUUUGAGGCCAGUGUGAGGUCCAUGAUGGCAGCCAAUAGGUUCCACGUUAUGUCUGAAAAAUGCCUUCCAACAGAGCGGUUCCUUGUAGCAGUAAAGGCCCUCUGCAACCCUACAGAGAAAGGGAGGGUUGCAAAGAGCGUGCAAAGCUUUUUCACAGAUAAGGUUGCUCCCGUCCACUACUUGUGUUGUGUUCCAUCAGGAGACGUCCCUGCUCAGUCCUUCUGAACUGACUUAUCUCAGAUCUCCCACAUCUGGACAAGGGAAUCGGCCAAGCUGGGGAGGAGAUUCUCCAGGUUGUUGUUUUUUUGGUGGGGAUGAAGAAAACAUAUUGGUUGGACCAAUAUACCCCAAGCUGGUGUCCUCCAGAUGUUUCGUACUGCAAUCCUCAUCAGUCCCAUUUGGCUCAGGCCUGACUGGAGUUGCGGUUGAAAACAUCUGGACGGCACCAGGCUGGGGAACGCUGGUCCAGGUGAACACCUGGCUCCGAGGAGCAGCUGUAGGGCAGAGAUUUUGCCUUCGAUUCCCCUGUUUUUGAGAUUCCUGGAGGCAACGGGUUGACCCUGAUGAGGAGCAGGGUUCUCCAGCUGAUGGACCUCUUUCUAAGCUUCAUUUCCCCCCUGGCACCCCUAACCUUCUCUGCCUGGACCCUUUGCUCUCCUUUCAGGGCACUCAAGACUUCACAGUUUUCUUCGUCUUUGGCAUGUUGACCGGACUCUGGCUGUCCAUCAGCAACAUCCACAAGCGCCGGCUGAUCAUCAACCACAUCAAGGAGGUCUACCAGUUCUACAUCAAAGGCAUCCUCUGGCAGGAGGGACCUCUGCAUCAGAUCUACGUGCGGUUGAUAGCGCAGCAAGAUGGUACCACCAGCAUGGCGGGGGGGGGCAUGUAGAAGGCACCCUUGUCGCCUCCUCUGCUAAACUCCUCCUCCUCUCCCAUUACGUCCAGGCCUUCCUUCCCUCUUGAAAUAUACUCGGAGUUGAGAGUGGAUUUCAUGCUCUUUAUUCAGCUCAUAGUAGUGAGGAGGAAUGGAAGUUCCCCCAGAAUGUCUGCCUUAUAUACAUUAUUUACACAAUGGGGCCCACAUGAUUGGCUAAUUCCGGGAUUCUCCUGUAGGCCAAUCAGGUUGCGGAUUCACUUCCACCUGGAGCUGGAUUGGGUGGCUCCUGUGGACCAAUCAGACUGCUGCAUUCUGGGGCCUAUUGUUCUAGGACCAAUCAGACUGCUGCCAAACUUUUUUCAAAGAGGGAUCAUAGAAUUGGAAGGGGCCCUGAGGGUCCUCUAGCCCAACCCGCUCCAAUGCAGGGAUCUCAGCUAAAGCAUCCAUGACAGAUGGCCAUUCAGCCUCUGCUUUAAAACUUUCAAGGCAGGAGAAUUCACAACCUGUCGAACAGCUCUUAUUGCCAGAAAGUUAUUCCUGAUGUUUGAAGAAGAGCCUCUGUUCUUUUUGCUGCUGCAUGGAAUAACACAUGAACCUGACCUUUAGAGUUUGUAAGUAAAGCAUUUAAACCAGGGGUCAGAUUUUUCAUCAGGGGACUGGUCCACUGUCCCUCAGACCUUGUGGGAGGCCGGAUUAUUAUUAUUUUUUUGGGGGGGAAUGAACGAAUUCCUAUGCCCCACAAAUAACCCAGAAAUGCAUUUUAAAUAAAAGGAUACAUUCUACUCAUGUAAAAACACGCUGAUUCCCGGACCGUCCGCGGGCCGGAUUGAGAAGGUGAUUGGGCUGCAUCCGGUCCUCAGGCCUUAGUUUGCCUACCCAUAAUUUAAACCUACUAACGGUGUGGUCUGAUUAUUGAGAGAGGGGUAGAGAGGGGGAGCCCUGUAAGCAGGAUAUUUAAAAUGUCAAACAGCCUCUAUUCCUCAUGCUUCACUGCGCUGCAUGAUUCUGUGAUUUUAAUACUCUGCUGGGGUCUCUUUCUAAAGUGUGUAUAGCCCCACACUUUGGAUCUAGGGAUCCAGCCAAUCAGUGGCGUAGCAUGGGUUGUCAGCACCCGGGGCAAGGCAAGUAAUUUGCGCCCCCUGACUUCCGGGUUAGCGCCAUCGGCAAUGGCGGAGUUCCUCUGACCGAGAGGAACCCGCUCCGUGAAAAUCGGGUCUUGCCGCCGUGGCGAAGGCGGAGACCCUUUAAAAAUCCCAGGCAGAGGAAGCCUGGGAACGUGGGAUUCGGCUGACACCAGGAGCGCCUCCCCUACUCGCAGGGAAACCCUAUUUCGGGGAUCCGAAGUGACGUGGGGUGAGUGGCGCGGUGUUUUGAAUCAACUGCUACUUUUACGGAGUGAAGCUGCAUAGCCGUUGCCGGAGAGCGCUGACUUUUUCCUGUGGACAAUUGGACUCUAAACAAGUACCCGUGAGUAGAACGGAAAAUUGGAUUAAGAAACAUUUUAAUUUGGCACUGAAGCGGGAAGGUUCUAAACAGGAAGUCCGCCUCCCGUUUUUGUAAAUAGAUUGAAGCAAAAACUUUGCAAGCUAAAGUCUGGAAAGUCGUAUAUGAAGGUCUAAAUUUCCUCCAGUUAUUACCACCAAAACCCCUCUUGGAAGCAGGAGAAAAGGAGGGGGGAUUUUUGAUUGUUCAAGCCUGCAGGAGAGAGAGUAAAGAAAGAUAAAUUUCCAACCGUCUCAAACCUGGGAACGGGGUGUCAGAGACAGAAAUUCACAGGGAAGUUCAUUGACUGUGAAUGGAACAUCUUUUGACAGAUGGUUAAAAAAGAGAAACAAAUUGAUUCCAAUGUUGCCAUUUGCAUUCAAAAGAAACAAAAUAUUUGAAAAAUGAAAGUAAUUUUCUUUGGUUGGUCCUGCUUUCAAAAGAUGGAUACAAAUAGAAAUUGUCUCCUCUAGAGGGAGUCUGUUAAACUGUUGCUGGAGUUGAUCUGGGGAUUUCACAGCUGUGGAGAUUAGGAUCGUGGGACCAGACUCUGACCUUGAAUAAAAAUGUGUUUAGAAGAAGUUUUGGUGCUUGCUUUUUGCAAGACAAGCGCUUUGCUGGAGCAGAUGCAUGAGAAGAUGGAUUUGAUGACUGUUGCAGUCAAAAACUUUGGACAAACGGCGAAUACCCACAUAGAAACCAUUCAGGAACCAACCUAGGAACCUGUUUUGACAGGGCAAGUGCAAGCGCAGAAGAUAAUGGAGGAGGUUGCUGUUGAACCUCAAGUAACACAAAUGGAGAGACCCGAGACCUUGCAGGAGCAUAAGCCGCUGUUCUUGAAGUUUGAAUCUGGAGUGGACCAGGGGGGGUCUGGAGUUGUGAGGGCUCUUAAUUUUGAAGGGACUUUGAAACAUGCUCUUAAAUACUUUCUGGGUUACAGUGUUGACUGUGGGGAAUGGGACUGUGGGGAAUGGGCUGACCUGCUGAGGGGAGAUGGAGAUAUUUUUGGAUUGGAGUCCCCCCCGAGACUUACUCCCCAAUGAGAAAGGAAAGAAAUUAAGAAAAAGAUCAACAAAAGACAAAGUAAAGUGCAGGUAUAAUCAAGAAGAAGAUCUGCAGAAGGGACAUGGAAAAGACUUUAGAGCCUUGGACAUAAGAUCACCAGGUUGAUGGACUAGAUGGAAUGGACAAGAAGGACUGACAAAACCCGAGACCAGGAAGAAGAGACGUUGGAUGAAGAUUGGAAGAAAGUUUUUUUGUUUUUUUUUGUUUUUUAAAUAUUUUGAGAAUUAGUGUAAAAUUAAUGAGUAUUAGGAAAAAUGUUGGAAUGAAACUAUUUGGCUUUAGUAGAAAUGAUAUAAGGAGUCAUGUAUAAAUAAGUAUUAAGUUUUAAGUUUUAAGGUUUUUUAUGGUAAGACAAGGUUAAAAUAAAUUAAGGUAAAUUAAAUGACAGAAUAUAGUGAAAGAUGGAAAGGAUUUGCUGAGUUAAUUAAUAGGUUAGACCGUUAAGAUAAAUUAUACAACAAAAAUUGAGAAAGAUGGAAAGAAUUUGCUGAAACAAUUAAUUAAAUUAGAAUACAAAAAGGGAGGUGUGAGGAGGUCGAUGAAACAAGUAAAUGAAAGAUAAAGAUAUGGAACAUUGGAUGUGUGUUUUAAUGUUAUUGUUCUUUUUUGCUGUAUUGUCGUAUUGUUUUUUUAGGCUUUUCUUUUUAUGUAUUGUAAUGUAUGUUUUGUCAAAUUUUUUGUUGUUGUUUUUUUCCUUCUUUUUUCUGUAAUUCUUAAACUUCUAAUAAAUAUCAUUUUUUUAAAAAAGUAAUUUGCGCCCCCUAACCCGUGGAUUUGCGCCCCCUAACCCUAACCCCCAGAUGUUGCGCCCGGUGCGGCCGGCCCCCCCCUGCACCCCCCACGCUACGCCACUGCCUGGUCCAGGGUGUGGGGUGGAAAAUAGAUAGAUGUAGAUCACCUGUGUGGGGUAAUUAAUAAAAGAAUUGGCUCAGGAGAGCUGGGACACAGCAAUGGCAGCCUCCAUAGUAACACUCUGUUUCCUCCUUCUUCCAGCCUACGGAAAACGCUACUACAGCCUCAUUAUCAAUGGAUACCGCCUGGAGGUGCUCACUCUGGCUGCACUGACGGACCAGUUUGAGGUAUGGGGUGGACCCUUGCUGGGCCAGUUAGGGGGCUCUGUGUCUUGACCAGAUGCAUGGAAGAUGGAGGACCAAAGGAUAUCUGGUGCAUUUAUUGGCUUGAUAUACAGGCAGAUACUCUGCUUCCUCUCCUAAUGGUUGGAGCACCUUCCAAAACAAUCCGAAUGGUAACUGCAGUAAAGACGUUGGCCCUGCAGAUUCCUAAACCUUAAUGGUUCUCCUUUUCUUGGUCUCUGCCUCUAGGAAAGUGUAAAAUAUAACUAGCUAAAACCAUACUCACACAGUAACAACAGUUCAAAACACAGCGAGUCCUUUCACUGGGCAAACGCCCCCAGGCGAAGUACCAGGGCAAGAGCGUUUGACAUACCAAGAUUUCCCAACUUCACUACAGCAGCAAACCCUCAAGACACUCCGAGUUGCUUGCCCACGAUCCCAGGGAUGGAUCCAGCCUCUCCCAUGUUCUGAUCCCUCUGCAAUGGGAGGAAAAUCUCUACACUGGGGAAAAUCCCUACACUGGGAGAAAAAUCCAACGCUUUCUCACAAAGCUAUGGGGCCACAAAGUUUCUCUAGGUUGUCGUCAACACUCCACUAGUACCUGCUUCCCGACUUCCUUUUCAGUAUGAUCUAAACCAUCACAGGUGCUUCCAUUGUGAUUCCUGCAUUGCAGCCGGUUGGACUAGAUGACCCUCGGGGUCUCUUCCAACUCUACUAUUCUAUGAUCAUUGCACAUGGUUGACCUGGUGGUUGGUUCUCGUGUUCAUGUGUGCUUCGGUGUGUACAUGUUGAUUUUUCAUUCCUUGUUCUUAAAGGGGGCGCUGCUCCUGUCGGUCUCCUGGGUAGCUCUUUAGGUAGUUGAAGUAUAGGUGGGUUCCCACAAGGCAAAGCACAGAGAUAACAGCAAGAAACUUUUUUGAACUACAUAACUGGGAAACAGGGGCAAAGCAACAGCUUAUAUACAUUCCUGAAAGCCUGGGCCACUCCCACCCUGAUUGGCUGUCUAAACUUCCAAGCUGCAAAUCACAACUCAGAGUUCGAGGGCCAAUGGCAGAGGCCCAAAUCCUGAAAUGCUCUGUGAUUGGAUAUCAUGUAUCAUUUCAGAACACAGGAGUUCAGAACCCUUAGUCCAGACUCAAGCUCAGGCAAGCACAGACCGCUGACUACAUAACAGUCCAGUGGUACCUCCGGUUGCAGACGGGAUCCAUUCUGGAGGUCCGGCUGGAUCCUGAGGUUUUCGCAACCUGGGAUACCACUUCUGCGCAUGUAUGUGCGGCGUUAGAGUGCUUCUGCGCAUGCACAAAAGCGGUCUACUGCUUCUGCGCAUGCGCGUGCGGCAAAAACCUGGAAAUAUACUUCCAGGUUUGCCGCUUAUGUAUCCCGAAGUUUACGUAACCGGAGGUACAACUGUAUUUAUGAUUGCAUUCCAAAUAUAAUUAACCCUCUCAGAUAAGACCUACUAUUUUACUGACCCCACCCUAAUCCUGUGAUCAAGAUGUGGAAUUCUAAGCACUAAUGCCCACCUGCAGCCUCUGGUCAGCCAUCAUAAACAUCUGUGUGUGUGUGUGUGUGUAGAAGGGGCAAACCACAUUACUGAAGGGCUUUGGGCUUUGUCCCAUAUGUUAGAUUUCUGAAUGAGAAAGGGUGGUGUGUUUCACAUUACCCUUCCCACUGAAUGACGGAAUCGUAGAAUUGUAGAGUCAUCUACUCCAACCCCCUGCAAUGGUAAUAUUUUAGUUUUCUGUUACGUUGCUUUGACUGUAUGCUCUAUAUUGGACUUUCUCCAGGUUGUUUUAUUUAUGUUUUAUUGACUUAAUAUGCUGCAAACCGCUUUGAGAUUUUUCUUAAACGUAUAAAGCGGUAUAGAAAUUCAAAAAAUAAAAUCAAAUAAAUAAAUGGACUGCUAUUGGACCGCUAUUUUAUCUGAAGUCUACUCCUACUGCUUUUGACGGAGUUCACUUCCUAGCACCCACCUUGUCUUCAUUUCCACUUUUGGAUCUGACUCCCAUCUGUAUGUAAAAAGGGCCUUUCUGUCAAGUAACCGCAGAGGUCCAGCAAAAGGGGUGGUGAGGGUUAGGGGGCUCCCUCUGCUUCCCCCGCAGGCCUCAGGUGGCCCCUGGGGCUCACUGCCCGGCUCUCCCCACCUUUGAGAGUUGGAGGGGUGAAAACAGGCUUCAUCCUCCCAGGCCUGCUCAACCUGCCCCACCUUGCCUGUGUCUCCCCCCAGCUUCUCGAUUCCGUGGGGCGCCGCAUCGCCCGCAACCUCAACCUCAACUUCUUUGACUAUGAGGAUGUCUCCACGCGUCACGUCAUCAGACACCUUCCGCCGGAGAGAGACGACGACAACGACGACAUGGACUACGGGGAGAACACGAGUGUGUGA